AUGCCUGAUCUUCCCGGCUACGGAAUGUCCUCCAUUCCCCCGGUUUCCGGCAAUCACGAGGCGUAUUCAAAGCGGUCAAUGGCGUCCGUCAUGCGCGAAAUGAUGCGUGUGCUGGGGUACCGGACGUUUUUCGCAGCGGGACAUGACCGGGGUGGCCGUGUUGGAUACAGACUGGCCCUGGACCAUCCGGAUACGAUCCCAAGGCUGGCCGUGCUCGAUAUCCUUCCCACGUCGGACUAUUGGGACCGGAUGAACCGCGUCUUCGGUCUUAAAGUCUAUCACUGGAUGUUCCUCGCCCAGCCAUUUCCAUUCCCGGAGAAAAUGAUAGCCGCUGCACCAGUCCGAUAUCUGGAACACACAUUGGCGAGCUGGACAGCGGAAAAAAACCUCGACUGUUUUGCGGAAGGGGCCCUGGAACAUACCCGUGCCUGGUUCUGCGAGCCCGACCGGAUCUCCGCAUGCUGCGAAGACUAUCGAGCAGGCGCGACAAUCGACUAUGAGCACGACAUUGCCGACCGGAACGCCGGCAACAUCAUACGGGCGAAAAUGCUGGCCCUUUGGGGCGACAAAGGCAUUGCAACAAGCGUCGACGACCCUCUGGCGGUAUGGCAGGCCUGGUGUCCACAUGUCGAAGGACACUCCCUUGCCGCGGGCCACUUUCUGCCAGAGGAAGCACCAAAGGCCACUGGCGAGACCCUGCUCGACUUUUUCAGCUCCUGA